GGACCCCUACACGGAUAUGCACGUGAGCGUUUGUUUGAGAGAUUUUCUAAAUGAUAGAUUCCUUGCUUUCCUCUGUGGUCAAACUGGUCGUUUAAACGCAUUAACACAAAAACCUUUACACUUUCGUUACACGCGCCGGUGUCCACGGAGCAGUUUGUCGAUGGAGGAGACAAAUUUAGCCUCAGAGACGAAAGGACCGGAGUCCAGGGAGGACACGGCGGCCAAACUGUCGUCCGGACCGGGAAAACGCAAAAGCGACGAGACGGAAGAAACGGAAAAAAAUAACCGAAGAAAGAGACAGAGAGGGGCCAGAGGGAAGAAGCUCCGUGCGGGCGAGAGAUACGUUCCACCUCCGCAGAAGAGGAACCAGGGAGUGAGCUUCAGUCGGGAGCAUUUUAAAGAGACGGAGUACUACUUCGAGGGCGGCCUCCGCAAAGUGCGACCUUACUACUUUGACUUUACGUCAUACUGCAAAGGACGCUGGGUCGGGAAAAGCCUGUUGGAGGUGUUCAAGAGCGAGUUCAGAUCAGAGCCAGUGGAGUACUACCAGAGGGCCGCCAAAGAAGGCCGAAUCCGGCUCAACGACUUACCUGUGAAGGAUCUGUCUGUAGUACUCAAGAAUAACGACAACAUGAGGAACACGGUGCACCGACAUGACCGCCCGUGGUUGGCACAACCCCUGCAGGUCCUGGUGGAUAACGGGGAUGUAGUUGUUGUUGACAAGCCUCCUUCAUUCCCGUUCACACCGUGCGGCCGAUUCCGCCACAACACUGUGAUUUUCAUUCUGGGAAAAGAGCACGGCCUCUCUGAACUCCACACGGUCCACAGACUGGACAGGCUCACAUCUGGGGUGCUGCUGUUUGCCAGGACCUUGGAGACGUCAAAGAAACUGGACCAGUUGGUCAGAGACAGACAGGUUGAAAAGGAGUAUGUGUGCCGAGUGGAGGGAGAGUUCCCAGAAGGUGAGCUGAUCUGCGAAGAGCCCAUCCUGGUCAUUUCAUUCAAAAUCGGCAUAUGCCGAGUUGACCCCAAGGGAAACGAGUCCCAAACAGUCUUCCAGAGACUUAGUUUUAACGGUAAAACCAGUGUGGUCCGCUGUUUACCCCUGACUGGCCGCACACACCAGAUCAGGGUCCACCUCCAGUACCUGGGCUUCCCCAUCCUCAAUGACCCCAUCUAUGGAUCCUCAGCUUGGGGCCCUCACAGGGGUAAGGGAGGACAGGUGGGGAAGAAUGAUGAGGAACUACUGCAGGCUUUGGUAGAGGGUCAUCGUACUCAAGAAAGCCUACACCUGCUGGAUAUUCCAGAUGGUGGCAUUGAAGCUGUACAAGAGUUGCUGAACGACAACAAAGUGUCUGAGGAAACAGAAAGCACGUCUGAACCUGAUAAAAGCAGAGAACGUCAGCAGAAACAGGUAGAUUUGUGUGACGGUGGCAAAGAGCAGGGCGCACAGGUGCAGAAAGACCGCAGUGACACGGUGAACCCGACGAGUUCCCACUGCGUAGAUGAUAACAUCCCACCCCGUGAAGAACCUCAGUGCAGUUUACCCGACGCAUCAAGUGGAAAUCAGACGCAAGCUCCGGGAACUCAAGACCCCCUGUGUAAAGAAUGUAAGCUUGUAAGACUGGAUCCCACUGAGAAAGAGCUCCUUAUGUAUCUCCACGCGUUGAGCUACAAAGGACCGGAUUUUGAAUAUUCAACAUGUUUACCAGAUUGGGCCAAAGAUGACUGGGUUGAAGCUGAUUAAUGCAGACCAA